AUGAAAAAAAUUCUUGACUCUGAUGAUGUCACCAUAACCUCUGCAUACAAAUCUAGAAAUGCUAAAUUCAGAACUCUCCCGCCUAAAAUCAAUGUAACAUUACCAAGUUUCUCUCCUCAAAUGAUCUAUACAGAAGAGCUCUAUGAAAUGUUUGGUUCUCUUUCAGCAUUAUCCAUGAUAACAGACAAACAUGGCUACACAAUGAAGACGCCGGAAGCUCCUAUCAAAUUGAAUCUUGAUGAUUGGGAGAUCAACGCCACCAUAAAAACAGGGCAUGAUAGACUAUAUAACGUUACUUGUCUCAGUGAUGAAAAAAUCUGGACAUGUGGAGCUGACCCAAUCAUGAAAUUGUACAAUAUGCAGGGCAAACUACUGAAGUCAAUCCAAACCAAAUCAAGGAACAUACCACGUGAUGUAGCAGUGACAGGAAGUGGAGAUCUAGUUUAUACUGACAGUGAUACAAGAACUGUAAACAUAGUUAAGAAUGAACAGAUACAGGAAGUGAUCAGACUACGGGGGUGGAGACCUUACUAUGUCUGUAGUACCUCCUCUGGUGACCUCCUGGUUACCAUGGUCAGUGAUGAUGAUAACCAAUCAAAAGUUGUUCGUUACUCAAGCUUCAAACAGAUACAAACCAUUCAGUUUGACAGUGAAGGUAAACCUCUGUAUUCAUCUGGUGGCCCUCAAUACAUCAGUGAGAACAGAAACAUGCACAUCUGUCUGGCAGACAGUAAAGCAGGUGCAGUAGUGGUAGUUAAUCAAAUAGGACGGCUUCAAUUUAAGUACAGCGGUCUCUAUAACCAAGGGAUCAUUUCAUCCAUGCGGCAUUACAACAGAGAGCCAUGCUAA